AUGAUUUUCGAUUUAACCUUUGUGUGAUUUGAUCUAUCAACUUUAAAAUAAAAUUUUCAACUUAAUUAAAUUGCAGAGAUAGUGCAGUUUUUUUAACAAAGGCUAUAUAUCUAUAAUCUUUGUUCUCUUUACUUGUUUCUUAACGUUAAUUUCUGAUUCAACCAUAAUUAUCAUUCAUUGUGGUGGUUUUUGAUUUAAAAAAAAUGAAUAGAAAAGAAGCUCUUUCAUCCUUUAUUCAACAAAUUCAUGCUAGACCUGUUGUUGUGAAAUUGAAUAGCGGCGUUGAUUAUAGAGGUGUUUUAGCUUGCCUAGAUGGUUACAUGAACAUAGCUUUAGAGCAAACAGAAGAAUAUGUAAAUGGUCAACUGAAGAAUAAAUUUGGUGAUGCUUUCAUCCGAGGCAAUAACGUCCUUUAUAUAAGCACUCAGAAACGUCGCAUUUAGAUAUUUAUAUUCCUUAGAAGACAUAUUGAUAUUUGUUGUUUUGCAACACUUGAAUUUGUAUUCAUUGAGUGAUAAAAAUAUAAUGUAUUUGCACUGUU